AUGGGGGGCAAAACUGGAACCAAGGCUGUCUACUUCGACAAGCUCAAGGGCUUGCUCGACGAGUACAAGUCCAUCUUCAUUGUCAGCGUCGACAAUGUCUCAUCCCAGCAGAUGCACGAAAUCCGUCAGUCCCUCCGAGGCGAAGCUGUGGUUUUGAUGGGCAAGAACACCAUGGUGCGACGUGCGCUCAAGGGAUUCAUCACCGAGAACCCUGAGUACGAACGUCUUUUGCCACAUGUCAAAGGAAACGUUGGAUUCAUUUUCACCAACGGUGACUUGAAGGCCACUCGUGACAAGAUCCUUUCCAACCGUGUUGCCGCCCCUGCCCGUGCAGGUGCCGUAGCUCCUGGCGACGUCUACGUCCCUGCUGGAAACACUGGUAUGGAGCCUGGCAAGACCUCUUUCUUCCAGGCCCUCGGUGUCCCUACCAAGAUUGCUCGUGGUACCAUUGAAAUCACCACCGAUCUCAAGUUGGUCGAAGCUGGCGCAAAAGUUGGUGCUUCAGAAGCCACGCUUCUCAACAUGUUGAACAUCUCUCCUUUCACAUACGGCAUGAAGGUGCAACAGGUGUACGAGGAGGGACAGACUUUCUCCCCAGAGGUCUUGGACAUCGAGGAAGCUCAGUUGCUCAAGGUGCUAUCCUCCGCAAUCGCAACCAUCACCACCAUUUCUCUUGCUGCCAACUACCCGACUCUUCCAUCUGUCGUUCACAGCUUGGUCAAUGGCUACAAGAACCUCAUCUCGGUUGCUCUUGAGGUGGACUACAGCUGGGAGUCUAUCGAAGAGCUCAAGGACCGCAUUGCCAACCCUGACAAGUACGCUUCCGCUGCACCAGCAGCAGCAGCGGCUUCGUCUGACGCUGCCGCUCCUGCUGCUGCCAAGGAAGAAGAGAAGGAAGAGGAGAAGGAAGAAAGUGAAGAUGAAGGCUUCGGCGGUCUCUUCGAUUAG